AUGGCUGUCGAGAAACUCGAUAAGAAUAUUUAUUCUGAGUAUAUCGUCGCCCUUGAGGAUGAUAAGUUCACUGUGAACCCUAUGUUUUAUGAUCAUUCUUUUGGCAAUCCGAAAGAUUCUAUUUUUGAUUAUUUGAAGUUUGCGGAGCCAUUUUGGAAACAUUUUUGGUGUACACACCAAGAACGAAUGGACGACAUGGCUAAAGAGAACUCGUACGAAGAUUUCAUAUUUGAACUUGUCAAGAAUAGCAAAAGGUCGUGUUUUAUGAAAAGAAAAAAUCAUAACAUUAUUAAUCCAGUACUCAUGGGAACCAUGGCAGAUCAACCGCCAGAUGUUUUCAGUUUUUUCAUUUCAAAUGCUGGAUAUACUUUUAACGCUGUUAGUGAAUUAAAGAAUUCUAAACAUAGGUUUGUAAUUUGUUCUGAGAAUGAACUCAUUGGUUUGAUGGAGCUCAUGGAACAACAAUUUUAUGAAAUCAAGGAUUCCUUGAUGACCAGGAGUAAUGUUGAUACACGUAAUGAAAUUUAUAAAUGUAUCAAAAGCAUUAAGACCGAAGGAAAAGAUGUGAUUGAAAUUUUUGAUAAUAGGAUCAUUACAAGUGGGAAUGAAAGCA